GAAAAAGAUUGAUAACUUCUUCGAGCAAACUUUUGGUCUCUGCAAUUUCAACAGUAUCACAUGGCUCAGCUCAUGAAGUCGGUGUUUCCCAAGACGAGAUCUUCAUUUCCGACCACCAGCGAGUCCCAGAAGGAACGUCUAAACAGCAUGUCUAGCAAGCCGAGUAGCGUCAAUGGAGAGUACACACAAGCUUUCAGGACCAAGUCCUAUGCGGAAAUGUAUGCUAAAGUCCAAUCCCAUAUUGGAAGAACAAGCACAGCCAGAUCGCUCUCGUCGCUGCCUCCAUCAACCGAUGCCCAAAGUAUGGGGUACCUGUCAGAAUCGCUGCUGGAGCCUGGGCAAGAAACCCUCGCGAACAUGAUCAAGACCUUGAAUUUCCAUGGUCUUCUUGUUGACUACUUCCAAGUGAGCUCAGACACGUGUGAUGUGUGCGAGUUGCUCCUCCGGGGCAUCUACCAGAUCCGCACCAAUUACCAAAGGAUCAGAAGGGCAACCGAGUUGGCGAAACUGGUAUUUGAAGAUGCAAGUCAUGCACACGAACAGAGCCGUCUGAUAUGCCAAGAGCUGUCCGCAUUUGCCUCACUGACAAACCCUUUAUUUGCGAUCGCUGUGGUCCAGUUCCCAGGUAUGCAUGAUAAUCACAUGGUGUUGUUUCAUGAGUUAACAUCCAAGUGCAAGCAGAUGCGGCGGAGAAUGAAGCUGGCUAGGGCUUGCAAGAGGGUAGGAGGGAUCGGGCUGAUGGUCUCCUCCGCCGUGAUCUCAGCCACAGCGCUAGUGCUGGCAAGCUGCAGCGCUGGGAUGUGCAUUGGGAAGGGGAAGUCCAUUGGGUCAACAUCAUAUCCGGAGAAAAGCUCAUCGACUCAAGCAGUUUGUGCACAACUUGAUGUCACGGCGAAAGGGGUGUACAUCCUGACUAAUGAUAUGGACUCUGUAAGCACGCUCGCCGGGAGACUGCACAAUGAGGUUGAACAUGGCAGAUCGAGGGCCCGAAUGGUGGUGAGGAAUUAUGCGAAGACGGGCAACAUGGUGAGGGAGGUUGUGAAUGAGUUUUUUGAUGCGCACAAUGCCCGUUUCUUGGAGCGGGUGGAGGAGCUUGAAAAGCACAUUUACUUGUGCCUUCUCACCGUGAACAGGUCGAGAGGGUUGGUUGUGGAAGAGAUAUUAACCUCUUAG